UGAAAAACUUUUGGAAGAAGAAAAAUUUGCUAAUUUUUUUUACAUUUUUGACCAUACACUUUCGAAGAAAUGAUAAUUUUUGAUUAUGUAUUUAAACGAUACCUGGUUAAUAGUGCAAUUUCCUAUAUUUGAUUUUAAAUUUCGGGACUGAAAACUCGACUUAUGCAUGAAUGAAAUAUCCUAACAUUAGUUAAACAUGGUAUCUGAUGGAGAUUGAUAAUAUGAAUAUUAAAUGUUGAUAUGUCAGUAUUUCCAAAUAAGUUUUUUUGUUAAUUAUAACACACUGCCUCAAAGUAAGCUAUUUUGUUCUUCACUCUCGUACUUUACCUGAAAUAAGUUUAAAUGUUUAGCGAUGACAUUUUGAGGUCUUAUUUACGUGUUCUUUGAUUAUAUACCCAAGGUUUUUCCUUGCUUCUCUAGUUGAGACUUCGCAUUUAUUAUAAAAUUUAAGAAAAAAACGCUGACAUGUCAUAAUAUCAUUGUUAGGCAUUUAACGGACUACCUCAGUAAUGGAACAUAAAUUGACAUUCAAUCGUAUUUUUUUGCUAGAGUGAUUUUCACUUGUUGAAGUACGUGGACUUGCUUUUUGUGCAUGUUGAUCUGUAAAAUACCACAAGGCUGUGUGUUGAUCUGUAAAAUACCACAAGGCAAUCAAAUUAAUCUUGAAACCAAAAAUAUACAUAAUUGGGAUCAAAAACUGCCAAUUGAUUUUUGUCUAGUUUAAUGUUAAUACAGUGGUACCUGUAACUGGGUGUCUGCCAGAUCUUAAAAACUUUGAAUAUCCAUCAUUCUUCAUAAAAAAAUCAUGGAAUAUAAAUACUACGAGUCUUAAAUUUCCUAAUGUACACCGUUUUAUAAACAUACACGUGAGCACAACGUGGCUGAAAAUGUCCAAAAUAAAAAUAUAUUUAUGAGCUUACCGCCACCCUGGAAAAUAUAUAUGGAUAUUAUUAUAGGCUUAAGCUUGCUCUUAAAAAAAAACAAUUUGCCAUUUUUCAGACUUUAAGUGAUAUCGUUUUUGUUGAGUUUGAAAAAAGCCGGUUUUAAACCGACAAAAUUUUGUUGCUCGUAGCUAGGUGAAAAUGUGGAACACGUAUUGACGGUUUAAAAGGUUGCGUGUUUAAGCGUACAUGCGCGCGUGAGGUACAAAAUGACAUCGACUAGCCGUCAUUUUUGUUUAUCUUGAUUUCGCGUGCACUUAAACCAGAACUCGAGUUGUCCCAGUGGGUAAUGUCUUUGCAACCUUGUCCCCAGGACCCCUUUUCGCUUUGUCUUGGGAACGAGGUUACUCUUUCUGGCGUUUUUAUUAUUUUAGUUACUGAAAAAUUUUAUGCAGAACGUAGACUGUGUUAAAGUGUUUGAAUCACUGUUGUAAAUGUAGGUCCUUUGUUGUAAUGUAUAGACUAGAGACGUACAUCGGUAUUGCCUAUCCAAUUUCCCCCAGGCAUAAGUUGACCGGUAGCUGUGGCUGGAUCGAGCCACCGCUCUAUGAUUAUGAAAUCACGGAAACACACGCGGCACAUAAAGUCCCGGUUGUCAAAUUGCGACUGGUCUUUAAGAUAAUUUUAAAAUUUCCACUCACUUUCGGCUUUUUCAAAACAUUUAAACAUAUUUCCGGCAAAUUGUUAAUGAAUACUUGUUUUCACGCUCAGUGAGUUUAACGUAAACAAUCACCCGCAUUUGAAAGCUCUGCAACAAUCACACUCGGUAUGAAAAAACCUGAGCAGUAUUAUAGACGAACAAAAAUCAAAUAUAUAAUAGUCAAGAACAUAUAACAAAAGACAUGUUAACAAGCUAGUAUAUGUUGGAAGAAAUUUAAAAUAAUAGCAAACAUGAACACUAAGAUGAUUCCUGUAUCAUCUUACUACAAGCGUAUGUUCCUUCUGUUAGUAUUUUCAUUACAAUUCGUCCACUCAUCGUACCAUGUUUACCCCAGUAGCAACAAGCAGCACAAGCGUAGAUACUUAUCAGAUUCUGGCUUCAAGAAAGUUAAGAGGUACCUGUAUAGGAAAUAUAUAGAAGCGCAUAAAGAAGACCAACCAUAUUCUGGCAAAUAUUUUUCAAAUACGUGGGCUGUUCAUGUGGACCCACCAACAAAAGAGGUAGCGGAUCGCGUAGCAAAGAAGCAUGGUUUUAUUAACAUAGGAAAGAUUGGUAAUAUUCCAGGUCAUUAUCAUUUUAAACAUAUCGAUAUUGCUGAAAAGCGUGACACUAUAGCUAGACAUAAAACAAACUUGCUAGAACAAGAAGAUAAUGUAAGGUAUGCGGUUCAGCAAAAAAUAUUAGAACGUUUUAAAAGGGAUGAAAUUCCUACUGAUCCUUAUAUAAAAGAUAUGUGGUACAUUUUAAAUACUGGUCAAGCUAGUGGUCCAGCUGGUGUAGAUAUGAAUGUAGUUCCCGUAUGGAAAAAUAAUAUAACCGGAAAAGGAGUAGUUAUUUCCGUUUUAGAUGAUGGACUUGACAGGACGCAUCCAGACUUAGAAGCAAAUUACGAUGCGCAAGCCAGUUCUGAUUUAAAUGACAACGAUAACGACCCGAGUCCCCGGGACAGUGACCCCGAUAAUUGCCAUGGUACCAGGUGUGCAGGCGAGGCGGCCGCGGUAGCGAAUAAUGGGGUUUGUGGUGCCGGUGUGGCGUACAAUGCUAAAAUAGGAGGAGUUCGUAUGUUGGAUGGUCAAGCCACUGACGCUUUAGAGGCGAGUGCUCUUGGAUUUCGAGGAGAUCACAUUGAUAUUUAUAUAAAUUGUUGGGGACCAAAAGACGACGGGAAAACUUUCGGAAAACCGGGGCCAAUGGCCGCAAAAGCGCUUCGCCUAGGUGCUGAAAAGGGUCGAAAUAAUCUCGGCUCGAUAUUCGUAUGGGCCACAGGAAACGGAGGUUUGACUGACGACGAUUGUAAUUGUGAUGGUUAUACCACAAGUAUUUUCACUAUCUCUAUCGGUUGCAUUGGUGACCACGGGUUGUCAGCUUAUUAUACAGAAAAGUGCUCAUCAACAUUAGCGGUUACUUUCAAUGGUGCUUCGCAUAAAGAAGGACACGAAAAUAAAAUGGUAACGACGGAUCUUUAUCAUCAAUGUACGGAAGAAUUUAAAGGUACUUCAGCAUCAGCCCCUCUCGCAGCAGGUCUUAUUGCACUCACACUAGAAGCUAAUCCCAAACUAACAUGGAGAGACGUACAAGCUAUUAUCGUCACUACUGCACAACUGACUUCACCAGUGGAUGAAGGGUGGAAAAAGAAUGGAGCCGGUUUUCAUUUUAAUCACAAGUUUGGUUUCGGCCGACUUGAUGGACUAGCCAUGGUGAAUGCAGCUAAAUCAUGGGUUAACUUGCCACCACAAACAAAAUGCACGGCGGCGUCUGGCUUCGACCACCAAGACAUACCGCGUGGAAGAUCAUUGACAGUUAAUGUACCAACUGUAGCCUGCGCAAGUACAUCUGCGCAAGUUGUAAAAGUGGAACAUGUAGUUCUUACCAUAAGUUUUGUACAUAGACGUCGUGGUGACGUCAGUAUUGAUUUGAUGUCACCGAAAGGGACUUGGAGUCAAAUGUUGAGCACACGAAAGUAUGACGAUUCUGAUGAAGGUUUAGAUGAGUGGAAUUUCAUGACUGUUUACAACUGGGGCGAAGAUCCUUCAGGUCUGUGGAAAUUAAAAAUCACUGAUAAUCCCAAUCAAGAAGAUGGGAUUGGUAACUUGUUUGGUAGUGACGGUGAUAAUGAUGUUGAGUCCUUAGAAGAGCAGGUUAUAGACACACAAACGAAGUUAAAGAAAGCACAGUGGGACGCCCGACGUAAACAGGAACCCUUUUUCGAUGCGCCCUAUCCUACUGGAGUGCGCAAAAACAAUGUCGCAUACGGAGUUAAACCUGGUGAGCAAACUGAGACGAAUGUUAACAAUGUCGACCAAGAUCGGAUCGAAUACGAUCGAAGUCAUAUUCCACUCGACCGUACAAGUCCGCGCUUUAAUCUCCCUGAGGAACUUUACUCGAAGUAUGCGAGUGUGCCUCGCGAUAAUGUUCCCGAAGAGAAACCAAGUUAUGAGCAAUACACUGUUCCAAUGAAAAAAGGAACUCUAGCUGUGUUCGAUGAGAAGGCUAAUGACGAAAAUAUUGACUUUAACAGUGUCCCUGGAGGCAGUAAUAGCCAGUACACAGAUGACAUUCCACCACAAGAUGAUGAUGAAGAUCCUGCAAGGGAGAAAAGAGAUUUAUUUGAAGACGAAAAACGAGCUAUAUUCGAUUACUAUAACAAUAUAAGGAAAAAGGCAGCGGUCUACGGUAGAAAAAAAAGUGAUAAAUACAAGAAGGUUCAAGUGCAGGAGGAAGAAACGGGAGUGCAACGCGUACAGGUGAAUGCGGGUUACGAGAACCCGCGCAUUGCGUGUGAAAGUGGCUACAACUCGUGUUCCGGUGUUGUUUUGAAAUGGGUGCUAACGCUUUAUGGUACAGGCGAAUAUUCGAAUAAUGUUUGAGUAAUUAAUAUUUUUUUAGCGAAUCAUAAAUUCAUACUUUUGUGAAAUAGAUUUAUUUUAGUUUUUGUUAAAUCUUUUUUCCCGUAAUUAUUUACGGAAAGCUAUUUUGGUACUAUAUUUUUUUUAAUUAAAAUUAAGACUAUGUUUCCAUUAGACGAUAGACGUUGCGUCGCAGAGUAAAAGUGAAUAGGAUAGGUGUUUUGUUUCGGAUAGCUUUCACUACGCUCCUGUUUCGAAAGAGACAUAACAUGCACAACAUAUGGGAAUUGUGAUGAAGGAUUUUUGAAUUGGAACAGAAAAAAGUCACACAUUGACAUGAACUUAUACCGAAAAUUUUCUAUCUUUUUUCAAGCUAUCUUUUUUUUUGAAUGACGAACGAAAUAAAAUUGCGAGAAAAAAAGACAUUCCUAUUGGUUAUGUUUUCUCAACUCGCAUUACAAAUUUUGUUUGCACAAUUUCCUGUCCACGCAUUUUCCAUUAUGCUAAGAAAAAUUGUUAGAAUUUUAAAACUUCAACGUAACGCUAAGUGUGUAAUGGAAACAUGGUCUAAGAUGGGUCAAGUUAAAAACACAAAGGCUAGAAGCGUUCUUCACGGAACGUAAAACUACACAAAUAAAUACGCGAAAUUAUAAAUCAAUUAUAUAUUUUAAAAUUACAUUUAAAAAAUAAUAGUUUCGAGUGACUAUACUAAAUAUAGGUUGCAUAUGCCAUAUAUGGGCAUGUUACAUAUACCAUAUAUGGGCACAUUGCAUUUUUAACAUUUACCUAUCUCUCCACGCCACCUCUGAAGGUGAAAAUAUCAAAAAAUAUAAAAGUAAAUUCACAUUAUAUACCAUUAAAACUUAGCUAACUAUGUUCUCCUUCGCUGAGGGUGUUAUAACCAGCUUACCACAGUGUAUUUUAAAAGUUGCAUUAAAGCACCCUCAGCGGAGAAGAUCAAAAUAAAUUUUGCUUGAUUAGUCAGCUUUAUUUUAUAUCUGCAUUCACAAACGUCGACUGUAUAUAUAAUACACAUUCGAAGAAAAAUUUAUUGAAGA